UGCACACACAAACAAAAAGAUUUCCACCUCCCUGAGGAUGAUGGCUUAACAAAUGAAGUUGCAAAGGAAGCACAUUCCAUUCAGGGAAGCCGAUUAAUCUCCUGUGUUUCAUUAACCUACACCUUGAGCUCCCUAAGGCAUAAAACGUAGUGUUGCUUUUUGGCUUUGUGAGGGUCUAGUAGGAAUUAUCUUACCAGAUCUUAGCACAAAGACACCUCUGCUGUCAGUUUUCUGUCAUGAUGACACAGGUAGGAUCACCUUCUUCCAUUGGCCCCAUGAAGGAGUGUCUUAAGUUUGCUGACUGCACCUGCAAAGACCAGUUGGGUGAUUACACUGGUGCCUAACAUGUUGGCAGCAUGCUGGAGAAUGAAAACUGAAUUAUAUUCACCUGGCACACAUUAAAUUGAAGAUGGAGUGUGCUGUAAGACUUUAUAUCAGCUGAUAAAACUGCUUUUUAGACAGGUUGUUGAGACAAUGGCGGCAAUCAACAGCCUCAUGGAGAAUUCUGGAGACACAGAGCUUGUGGGGAUGGGACUUCGUGUCUCUGUGUCCCCCGUACAAACUGCCUUCUACAUCCUCCUGGUGAUUAUAGGCGUCCUGGGUAACGCCACUGUGGUCGGGGUGAUUGGUCAGAGUGUAAUAAUGGACCGUGGUGGAGGACGUAACUCGGACAUCAUUAUCAUUAACAUGGCACUGUCUAACCUGCUGGUGUCUCUGAUGAGGAACACACUGCUUGUCAUCUCAGACAUGGGACUACAGCUGUACUCAUCCAAAGAGUGGUGUCAGUUUCUCAUGGGUGUCUGGGUGUGGCUGCGAUCUGUCAACGUGUGGUCAACACUGUUCCUCAGUGUGUUCCACCUCCAGACAUUGAGGCGUGUGGCUCCAGUUGUUGGGAAGCUUUACGGGGCCCGGGGCGCUCCUAAGACCCUACUGCUGAGUCUGGGCCUCAUCUGGCUUCUCAAUUUUAUUUACUCCAUUCCUGCUCAUAUCUUUUCUACCAGUGGGAACGAGAACAGCACAGAGACCCUAAUGCUGGUGAGCAGCACAACACGCCCCCUGCUGGGCUGUGUGUGGAACUUUCCCUCUAGCUACAGUGGCCUGGCCUAUGCCACCACAUCUAUGGUGAUCCAUGAAACAAUUCCCAUAAUCCUAAUGGCCUUUACCAAUCUUGGCUCCCUUUACACACUCUACACCCACUGCAGGAAGCGGGGUUCGGUGCAAGAUGCACCUGUCAUAAAACGGGUGCCUGCUGAGAGACGAGCAGCCAAGGUGAUUCUCGCUCUCAUAAUGCUCUUCAUUGCAUCCUGGGGAACCAGCAUUAUCUCUGUCAACUAUUUCAACUACAAUCAAGGCUCCUCAGCGGAGUUUCUUCUGGUCAUUGCUCGUUUUGCCAACAUUAUUUUUAUUGCCAUGUCUCCUGCUGUUCUGGCAGUUGGCCACCGGCGGCUGCGGUCUUUCGUCAAGUCUGCGCUCUCUCACUGACAGAUAGUACACUCUGCUGAAGCUCUGGAGGUACAGCUCACACAGUACUGCUAAUCAUAAACUACUACUUGUCAUCAAUUUCUCUCAAAAACAUUUAAAGGAGGUUCAUUGUUAUAGGUAUGCAUAUAUACAUAUAUAUAUAUAUCAUAUAUAUAUAUAUAUAUAAUAUAUAUAUAUGAUGUUUCUGUGUCUCUGGAGUUGGACUCAUGGACUCAAUGAAAGGAUAAAAAGUAAUUCAGUACCUCCAACUGAGAUCACCCAUAAAGCCCACUCCAUGUUAGUCAACAAAGGAUGGAAAAGAGGUUUGGUUUCUAAACUUAAUUCCCUAUUCCAGUUUAUUUCUUAUGAAGCUCUUUCCAUCAUAAAUCUAUGGACCUGAAGCACUACAUAAGAAAUGAUCCACUCGACUGGGAGAAGAUAUUGUCUUCGAUUCUCAUUGCUUCUAAAAACCCAGACCACAUUCACAAGACCUACCUUAGUCAGAGGACGAGUGAAACAGUUCAUGAAACAGUUAUCAUCUCCAAUAAUUGCACCUUGUGCCCAGAUGGGCUGGUCCUACGUGUAUAUGUAUUUGGAAUGGAUGGAUAUGAGGUUUUAUUGGGACGAGGUUUGCGUCACUAUUGGAUGUAGCUGUGCCAUGCUCUCCCACUAUGCUACUCUUGUAUGAUACUACCUGACUAAGAUGAUCGUUAG